AUGCCAGCAAUGCAAAAUUCAAAACUCUCUUUUGCACCACUUAUUGCAGUAGCAGCUUAUUAUCGAGCAAUGACAGUUUUUCAAACGUUACUUGAUAAAGGUGUAGAUUUAGAAUUUUCCGACUUUUCUAAUCACUCUAUCAAACCUUUAUUCCAUUAUGCUGUAGCUGGUGGUAAUCAAGGUAUUAUACAACUGUUAUUAACAAAUGACUGUAAUCUUGAUGGAGCAAUUAUUCCUUUGAUUCGCUAUGGACAUUUAGAAUUAGCAAAGCAAUUUGUUGAUUUCGUUAAAAGUGAAGGAAGUUCUACUUUUGUAGAUGUUUUGAACGAACUUUUUCCAGAAAAAAUCGAAAAUAAAAUUCCAAUUGCUCUUAAAUUAGCAAUACACUCACAAAAACCAGAGAUGUUAGAUUAUGUAUACACCGAAUUAAUAAAAUGCUGCGAUAAAAGUAUUUUAUAUCUAAAUGAGAAACAAUAUAGAACAGCUUUGCAUUAUGCAUGCAAAUUCGAUAAUUUCGAUAUAAUAGAAUACCUGUUUAACGAAGAUCCUUUUCAAAUUUGCCCCACAGAAGAAAAUCCAAUAACUCCUCUUCACAUUGCAUUUAAUUCGAAUCGUACAAUACAAAACAAAUCCAUGUGCAAACUGAUUCAACUGGUUGUAGAUUGUCCACAAUUAAAAGAAAAAUUAUCCGAAAUUUUUAAUUUAGUUGAUUACGAUAAUAUGUCAAUAUUACAUCAUGCAUCGAAAUGUGGAAACACUGAUGCAGUCAAAAUGCUUCUAGAUCUUUGUCCUGAAUUUGUUAAUGCAUCUUUACAGAGAAAUGACGGUUUUACGCCAAUUAUGUUAUGUGUAUCCAGUAGAGAUAUUCAGACAUUUACUAUUUUUAUUGAAAAAUCAAAGGAAUUUCAAGAAGAUUAUUUGAAUAUUUUUGGGGUUAAUAAUCUUGGCAGAAAUAUUCUUCAUAUUGCUGCGAGACAAAAUUUUAUUGAAGGUUUUAUAUAUAUCCUUGAUUUUUACCCACAAUUGUUGUAUCAAGCUGAUUAUUGUCAAAUGAGCCCAUUAAUUUCAGCUGUUAUUCAAAGGAAUUUUGAUAUUGUUGAUUAUAUUAUAGAAAGAGAACCAGAAUUUGUUUCCAAAGAUUUUUGUAAAAUUUCUGGAAAAAAUUUACUUCAUUGGCUGGCAAAAGUAGGUAACGCGGAAUCAUUAAUUGAAAAGAUACUAACAAGGAAGCUAAUUGACGUUGAUUGCGUUAGUUUUGAUCCUUCAUUAACACCAUUAUCAAUUGCUGUUAGAGAAGGGCAUGCAGGCACCGUUCAAACAUUAAUUAACUUCGGCGCAGAUCCUAAUUUCCCGGUUUCUGAAACAUAUAUACCUUCAAAAAUUCAAUGUUCAGAUUAUAUUAGGGAAAUCAUGCAUCUUCCUCCUCUUCAUUGCAAAAAUUGA